CAAACUCGGGUCAUAUGAGCGUCAUCAGCGGGUCUGGGGCCAGAGACAGCGGUGGCACCGGAGCGCCAUGUCACCGAGCAGCCGGAGCGCCGCGCCGGGAUGGAGGAGACGGAUUUAGCCGCAGCGAGCCAGCCGUGACCGCGGAUAGCACAAGGCCCCAGAAAAAUGAAUUGUCUCCAGAAAUAAAGGUUCCAGUGUUUCCCACAUUGCCGGUGUUCCCGAGCCCCACGUCUAACCCUGCUCGACCCGCCCUCCUCGGCCAUGACGUCCAAGUCGUCUCUGCUGAAGGUGAUCCUGCUGGGUGACGGCGGCGUGGGCAAGUCCUCGCUCAUGAACCGCUACGUCACCAACAAGUUUGACACGCACCUCUUCCACACCAUCGGCGUGGAGUUCCUCAACAAGGAGCUGGAGGUGGAUGGCCGCACUGUCACCCUGCAGAUCUGGGACACGGCGGGCCAGGAGCGCUUCCGCAGCCUCCGCACGCCGUUCUACCGCGGCUCCGACUGCUGCCUGCUCACCUUCAGUGUGGACGACGGACAGAGCUUCCACAACCUGGCCAACUGGAAGAAGGAGUUCACGUACUACGCCGACGUCAAGGACCCCGAGAACUUCCCCUUUGUGGUGCUCGGCAACAAACUGGACGUGCCCGAGCGCCAGGUGUCAGGUGAGGACGCGCGCCAGUGGUGUCGCGAGAACGGAGGACACCCGUACUUCGAGACGAGCGCCAAGGACGCCACCAAUGUGGCCUCGGCCUUCGAGGAGGCGGUACGCCGAGUUCUGGCACUGGACGACAGAGCGGAGCACCUUAUCCCGACCAACACGGUGGACCUCCACAGGAAAAACCACUCCAACUCCUCCUGCUGCUGAACUGCCGCGUCGCAACCUCCAGACGACUGAGUGUGCUGAACAUUUUCGACUUGACCGGUCAAAAUGACGCAACAGAAGAUCACAUGCAGCGAUGGCAGCCAGCCUCUUGCAGCCAUCUGGCUGGUGGCUGCUACUGUGGCCUCACGAGGGCUGGGCUGGGCUGUGGCCUGUGACUCUGCAAAAAGAGGAACUACUUUUUGUUCCACUGUGGUCAGUGGUGCAACCGGUCAGCUCUAAAUCUUAGUCUCAUCUCAGUCAGACUCUUUCACACACACUCACACACUUGGACUGGACCAAUAUCAACUUUUUAGGACGGAUACCAAUAUGUAUGUAGAGUGAAGAUGCCAAUAUUUGGUGCCAGUAUUCAGUAUUUUUUCAGUUUGACCGUUUGAAAGCCCAAAAAAUUGCAAGUAGUCCACAUCUCUGUAUUAUUCACCUCAAGAUGAUACAGCAUUUACAAAACGCCGACGUGUUCAACAACAGGAAACGUCUGGAAUACAUUAGGCUUUGAAAUGAGGAACUAAUUUUCAUGAACCGUCAAACAAUUAAAUGAAAUUGAAUGGAGUUCCACUGCAUUGACAUGAAAUUGGAGGCUGACUACAUGACUGGCCAACAUAGUGUUUUAUUUAAUUAAUGGUCUAACUCUACACACACCAGCCACUACUGAUAAAAUAAGACUUUCACACAGGUAUAAAUAAAAAGUGUCAGAUUCAGGUUCACAAAGGCCACAACUAAAGAAAAAAAAAACUCUCCAGCUACUGUAACUUGUUUAAUUUUAGCCACUGCCUGUCUGGAAAGUUUUAAUGAGAAUGACUAUAAUGGUGCAGAUUUUUUGUGUCUACAUUCCUCCCUCUGGGAGGUGGAGGGCUGUGCUAAUCAUAUGAGGAUGAAGUUGUAUUAAGUAAUGACUUUGAUGAUUCAGAUGUUGUUUUUACAGUGUUUUAAAUAAACGGCCAUCACUUUGUGUUCUCUUGGGGCGACUGUGUUAAAGCAGAGAGUAUUGUUUAUUUGUAAGUUAAAUCAUUUUUGUGUCGGUGAUGCCAUGAUGCAGAUACGUUGGUAGUUCUUUUAACAAGAACAACGAUAAACAACUUAUUUUUUGUCACUACUGAGUCCAAAUAAACUCUGUAUUUCCUUGAAUGAAAAGAUCA